AGUUUCACAAGAAACAGCUUCAGAGACAAAGAGGAUUGCCUCAGAGCUGCUGUUAGAAAAGGCCUGGUGUGUGUGUGUGUGUGUGUGUGUGUGUGUGUGUGUGUGUGUUGGGUUUUCCAUCAUGUUAAAAUGGGCGGAGCAUGUCGAGCAUAUAUGGAGCCUCUGAACUGAGGUGCAGACAGAGCUGGACUGCAGGAUCAGGAUUUUUCUGCUCCUUUCCGUCCUGUUGGUUCCGUCUCUCCGUCUGCUUGAAGACAAGGACCGGUUCAGACCCAGAAAUGAGAAUCUUCUCGGACUCUGCAGCGUUAACUCUGAACACUCUGAUGAACCAAAAAGGCAGAGCUGCAGGAGGAUGGAUCAGAGGAAGGAUCCAGAGAUUCAGGAGAAACUCUCAGUCUCAAGUCGAGAUCAACACACCGUCCCCCAACGAUGGACAGCUGUCCCCUGAAGACCAGGAGGUUCCAGCUCCUGAGGGAAUGGAAACAUUCCAGCAGCUUCUUGAGGAGCAUCAGUUCUGGGAGGCGGGGCUUGUGCUGAUUGACGCAGAGAACCUUCUGUUUGGAGGAACAUCUGAAGAAGACUCUCUUCAUCGUCACACAGAGGAAGCAGCUCGUCUGACGGAGCAGCGUGGAGCUCUGGAGAAGCUCUUGUUGCAGACCCUGAACCAGAGUCUGAACCUUGCUGAGCUCACCAGCGAGGCCUCGGUGUCGGUCCUGAAGACCACCCUGACCUCUGCGGUGAAGGCCAUCUACCAGGAGGAGGAGCAGGACCUGAAGUGGUCCACGUUCCGAGCGCCCAGCAAGUGGAAGGAGCUCCACGACUCCACGCUCCGCCGCCUGGUGGAGGAGCGGAUGGACAACCCCUCUGUGAGUCCCUCAGGACCCAUGGGCCAGUCCUCCAUCCAGACCGACAUCCAGAACAUGGGGAGGCAGCUGAAGGAGGACCUCCUGCUGGUGGUCCAGGAGGUGAAGAGCUGCUACCCCCCAGAGUCCAACAUCUGCCAGUUCUACGCCUCCMUGUUCCACCAGAGCCUCGCCACCAGACUCAGGAAGAUCGCAGACUUUGUUCUGGACGACGAGGACUGCACCUUCCUGCUGAGAUGGGUCAACGAGUACUACCCAGGAAUCCUGAAUAAACCAGAACUGGAGGGUGAAAUCGACGCCGCGGCGCUCGGAGACCUUCUGCCCGACGAUCUGCUGGUGUCUCUGGAGGACCAGUACCUCAACAAUCAGGAGAACAUGCUGCUGACGUACAUAACUCGAGUUCUGGAGGAAGAGGAGAAGAAGUGGUCAGACAAAAAGGAGCCGACAAAAGAAGAUGGCCGCUACGUCAGUCCUCUGGCCUACGACAUCAUCCAGCUGAUCAACGGGAUGGUGACGGCAGCAAAAACAGUGACAGGAAGUCUGCAGAGAGCUCAGAGCAUCACCAACCAACUCCCGGCUUUAAUCCAGAGGUUCAAAGCUUUUCAAGAAAACAUCAUCAAACAGAACAGAAAGCAGAGCCCGGCCCAGGUUAAAGCUAACCUCAGCUGUGUUUCACAGUUCAGGGACGUCCUCCACAGAAGAGGACAUCUGUUCACAGAGGACGUCCAGAAAAACUGUUUGGACCUUCUGACGGACCUGAACCAAUCAGCUCAAAUGUUCUUACUGAGCCCGGUCCACAAAGUUCUCAAGCCGCAGUACCAGAAGCUGUGGACGAGCGAGUGGCUGAAGAAGAACUCAUUCCAGAAGCUGCUGAACGGUUUGGAGAAGGAGCUGCGGGGCUUCCAGGACCUUCAUCCUUCCUGUCAGCAGGAGCUGGUGGGUCAGCUGCACCAGGAGGUGACGCAGGAGUACGUGAGGAGGCUCCUGAGAGGAGACUUGAAGMUGAGGGACCGGGAGCAGCAGCUGAAGGCCUCCAGCACCAUCACCAACAACGCACACAGUCUGCAGCUCAUCUUCAGCARCAUGGGAUCAAAGGAGGACUGGCUGAAGGAAAUCCUGAUCAAGAUCGCAGAAGUCCUGGAGCUCCAGGAGGUCCCUGCCCUCCAGGUCCAGAUCGCUCUGCUGGGAUCAGAUCAUCCAGACCUCAG